GUGGUGCGUUGAUUGAGGCAGCGAGUGUCGUUUGAUUCGCUACUUCAUAUAGAACUCCUUUUAACAGUUAGUGUUCUAUUUACUCCAGUAAUAUCCAAUAGUGCGUAAGCAGUGAAUAUACAAGUUUUUAACAGACAUCAGGGAGAAAAUUUCGUACCGUACGACUCGGAAAUCGAAUUUGGCAGCGAACUUCAAUAAUAUUUUCCCCCGCAGGCAGAGUGUGUUCUAUCGAGUCAAAAGGGCACAGAAGCAAGCGGUGCUGCGUGUGUGAGUGUGUGAGCGUGUGCUAUUCACUACCAACCCAACAGAAGGGAGUCGGAAAGCUAGAAAAAAAAAGUGAAUUUGAAUUUUAUCAAUUUUUAAAUUAAGCAAUGCGAAGAGGUUUUUACGGGUAGAAUAUUGAUCGCAGUGGAAGAGUCAAGUGAGUGAAACUUGUGUCGAAAAUUUGAAACACGAGCGUGAAAUUCCGUUUUUCGCCCGCAAAGAAUAGUCGCUUUUGUGAGCUGCUCUCAGGUUCGUUCGGGAAGUGUGUGGGUGCAAGUGUGUGAGUGAAGAAUUUUGGGGCGAUUCCUGGCCCCUUUGCGUCGGACGACUCCCGGCUGCUCCUAGCGAGAGAGAGAGUGUGCUGAAGGUGCGGUGCAUAAAACAAGCGAAAACCAAAAAUCCGACCUUUCACGGUUCCACGGCUUGAAGGGCAAUCUACGCUCUCUUGGUGGUGUGCUUCGAAAUCGAUCCACUUGUCGUCUGUCGCCCAAGGAGCACGAAGAAACUCAGCGCAUUCAUCCCCGAUGAGUCCCUAAAAUAUGGCUGUGGCUUGUGUGAAGGCUUCCGGUCAGUUCUUCUCGUCGUCUGGUUCGAUACUGUCCGGCGGGUCGGCCGGGAGCACCGGUGGUGGUAACCGCGGCAACAGCAACAGCACCAUGAACGGUGCUGGUGGUGGUGGUGGUGGUGGACAUUUGCAGAGCCAGCUGACUCGGUCGCUGGAACGCAUCCUGGAGGAUGCGAAUCUCAGCGGCGAGCUGAAGCUGAGCGGUCGGAAGCUGAAGGAUUUUCCCAAGGCGGCCGGGAAGUUCAACCUGAGCGAUACGGUUAUUGCAGAUCUGUCCCGCAAUCGGUUCUGCGAACUGCCAGAGGACAUCACAUCGUUGGCCUUCCUCGAACGCCUACUCGUCUUUCACAACACGAUACGCUCGAUACCGGACACGGUCCGGGGACUGCACUCGCUCACCUAUCUAGAUCUACGAAACAAUCAACUGUCGGUAAUGCCGCGCGAAAUUUGCUUCCUUCCGCUGCAAGUGCUGCUCGUGUCCAACAAUCGGCUCGUGACGCUACCGGACGAGCUCGGCCGGAUGGAGGAACUGACCGAGCUCGAUGCCGCCUGCAACCAAAUUACGCACCUUCCUCCCCGGAUGGGCGAUCUGCGGAACCUCCGGUCGCUCACCCUGCGCAACAAUCAUCUCGUCUAUCUGCCUCGGGAUCUCACCUGCCUGCAGUUAGUGUUUCUGGACAUUAGCAGCAACAAGAUUGCCACCCUGCCGGUGGAGCUUCGACUGAUGAGUUCGCUGGUCGAUCUGGAACUGUCGAACAACCCGCUUACCUCACCGCCGGCCAGUCUUUGCGUCCGAGGCUUGGUGCACGUGUUCAAAUACCUGGAAACAGCGGCAGCCAAAGAGGAAAAAUCCAAAUGCGGUCUGGAUGGUCACGCGACCCUGCGGCGGUCGGCACUGACUUCGAAAAACUCAUCCGGAAGCCUACUGGACGGUACACGAAAUCGACGGGCCCAUGUCGAUUCCGGCUACAGCACCAGCGACGGUGGAUUCGAUGGUAAGCGUUGGUCCCAGGACGAUCCGCACGAUUACGGCACCUGUUCACCCAAGUGGUCACCCAUUCCAAUGCACACUGGUUUCGCUGGCAAACCGCCUCCAGCAUCAACAACGGCACUGCUUCCUCCCUCGGCCGGUUCCGGUUAUUCUAAUCUGUUAUCAUCUGCAGGUGGAAAUGGUCUUUCAGGUCUGCUGGGCAGUGAAUAUCACGGCGGAAGCGGCGGUGGCGGUGGAACGCUGGAAGAGGAAUUCCGCAAGGGCUGUGCGCUGCUGGAUCAGCAGGAGAGGAAAAAGCUGGCAAAUAACAACAGCAACGACAUUUCGCCGGAAGGUGAUCUAACGCCGGACAGCUUGAAGGCUGACGAAAAGAUGCGAUCGCUAGGGAAUAUUCAAACUUACAGGGAAUACAAGGAAGCACUUCGUCAGCAGCGCAACCAGAUCGACAUCUACCGACCCAAAGAGCAGCAGCAAAUCCAAACACCGGACAGUGGUGGAUCCACCGGCGAUUCCCCUCUCAGCAACUUCUCUCCCUACAAUAAAUCCCAAGCCACAACCCCAUCGCCAUCCGUAUACAGUAGCAGCAACCAAAGUUCCCCCCUCUCUCCUCACCACAGCAACAUCCACAAACUGAACCAAAUCAACGCCAAUAGCAAUCACAACAAUAACAACAACAACAACAACAACAAUAAUGGUUUCAAUCCAGCCGCCCCCAGUUCUAGUCCUCUGCUGUCGCCCAACCGAAUCAUUGUGGCACCGUUUGAAGAGUCCAACAGUAGCACCAGUUCGACGCCGAACAAACGACCGGUCCAGAAGGUGAUUCCUUCGCGCAACAUUACCUCAACAUAUCAAACCAGCCAAUCGCCGACGCAUCUCAACGGAAAUCAUACGACCGCGGUCAGCAACGGGAAAAUACCCAUCCCCAAUGGGACCCCGGUGAAGACGGCCGUUUCCAACAGUAGCUGCGCGGAAUACGCCUACGUGAAGCCCAACAGCCCGUGCAAGGCAUCCAGUGGCAUCCUGACGCAUAACAAUGUUCCUUCUUCGAUCCCGAAACCGACGGUGAACGGUGCUAGUUCACCGUCGGCGAACGGAAAUCAGAAACCGCUAACGGCAACCGUUGGCUACGUGAACAAUGUCAAACCGGGACAGAAAACGAAUAAAACUGUCUCUUGGAAUCGGGAUGUACCGACGGAUAAGUUGAGCUUCACGAUGCGGCGGGAGUUCGAUAAGCAGAAGGAGGAAACCGAACUGAUUGAUCAGCUUCGACAGAUCAUCGAGACGCGUUUGAAGAUGACCCUACCGGAGGAUAUUGCACCGGCGUUGACGGAUGGCGUCGUGCUGUGCCAUCUGGCGAACCACGUACGGCCCCGUUCGGUUGGCAGUAUACACGUGCCCUCGCCGGCUGUGCCGAAACUCACAAUGGCCCGAUGCCGCCGGAAUGUGGACAAUUUUCUCGAUGCCUGCCGCAGGAUUGGCGUUGACGAGAAUCUCCUAUGUUGCGCCGCUGACGUACUGGAAGGCCGUGGCAUCGUCCAGGUGGCGAUAACCGUGGUGGAAUUGAUGAAGUUCCACAACCCUGCCGCCCACGUGCGGUCACCGACGCGAAGUUUCUACGCCAGUGGAGGCAACAGCCCGUCAAACACCACCAGUAGUAGCAGCAGCAGUGGCGGACCAAAGAGUGCAACCUCGUCGCCCAUUUCGUCGGCCACUUGACCCCCUGCGAUGAUGGGGGAGAUGGGCGUGGCGGACAAACCCUGCGGGGAGCUGGUUCUAUCCGCACAUCAGCCCCAGAACAAUGGCGGCGGUGCCGGCGGUAAGUCGAUGGACGACGAAGUCUGGCGGAUUUAGGACCGGACAUCGGAACCGGUAAUCGAAAGGUGCUCGUCGGAAGGUGUAAGUUAGUCUUUUUUUUUCUCUCUCUCUCUAUCUCGCGAGGUAUCUCGAUUGUACGCGAACUUUACGGAACGCGUACGGACUGUAUGUGACAUAGGUUAACCCAAAAAUUAGGUCGUUUAGGUUAUUUGAUCUUCCUGCUUUGAGGGAAGCAUCAGGACACUGCAAAAUCAAUUGUAGAAUUUUUGAAAGACUCUUUAGGUUCUUUUGUACAUAGGGAAAGAUAGUCGAUGAUGGGACAAGUACUGGGAACUGUUCGUUUUUAGUUCAGCGCACUCUAGUGAGUGUAUGCACAGGUUUAUUGUAAACAAAAAAAAAAUACUGACUUUGUUGUAUUAAAAACGGUUCGGAACAGGAUCCAAAAAGGGUACUCGUAUGCAUAAGCUUAAUCUUAUUCUAUUUAUUACACUCACGAAAUGAGAAGGUUGUCGAACCAGUUAGGUGUACUGGGGGGGUGGGUAGCUCGUUUUUCUAUUUGAGGCUAGGCAUCAAUGUAGGAGAAUCACAGCAAGGGCUCUAACCCGUUUGGCAGAACUGUUGUUUGGUAUAAUGGUCGUUUGGAAUUAUGGCCAUUUGGCAUAAAUGUGGCUACUUAUGCCGAUAGGUUGUACUUUAACAGGAUAUGAUAGAUCUGCUGAUGAUAAAAAGAAGGGAAAAUAAUCAUUUCAUUGGUGUUUACCCUUCUUUUGAACAUACAGUGUAUCUCAAAAUUGAUCGUACAACACUACUUAAACGGCUCUAAAAGCACAAGUUAAAAUGAUACGUAUCUGAAUUUUUGGUUGCUGACUCAGUAUACAUUUAUCAAUUAUUGGCUCAGUAUUGGGCAUAUUUGGUUGAGUUUACAAAAAGUUAGAGUAAUUUAAGGAAAACGCCUUGAAAAACUUUAUUUUCUUGAAUUAAAAUGAACAUAACUUCUUGAAAUUUUGCUCAUUUUUAGUCGUAAUAAAGAUCAUUCAUCUGCCACUAAUUUUACUAAAAUUCGUCCACUAGGUACAAAGUUGAAAAUCGAGCGUUUUACUAAAAUAAAUCUAAGUUCAUACAUGCUCCUCCAAUUAAGACCAACAUUAUAGCAAUAAAUCAAUAAACAUCUGUUCAAUCACCAGCCACGAUUAAAAAAAAAUACGUCUAUUGCCCAUGCUUAAAAAAAUUCUUCUAGGAUGUACGAUCAAUUUUGAGAUACCAUUGUAAGUUGUUUUAUUUUUCGUGUUUAUGCUAAAUGGUCACUAAGCCAAACGGCAUUAUGCCAAACGGGGUAGAGCCCACAGAACGUGCGCACCAAAAAUGUCGGUUGGGUAUAGAUUGAAGAAGUGGUUUCCAGCAGAAAAUGCAACAGGUAUUUGGAUUAACAAUUUAAAGUUAACCGGCUUGAGAGAUGGACAGGAUUGGAAUGGAUCGACUUUUUGAGGUUAUGUUGAAAGGAUUUGUUUCUGUUUUAAAAGAUUCCUGUUUGGAGCAGCACGGAAAAACUCGACUUUUUUCCAAUUUGUAUGAAACUUUGCAUAAUUGACCAUUUAGUUAAGGCUAUUUUUCACGCAGAUGGCGCUGUCCCAUUGGUAGUAAGUGAUAAAAAAUACCCAUAUAGAAAUUUGUAAAAGUGGAAAUCAUACGCCUUUGAUGCAUAUUCAGGUCAAAAGAAGUUGACGACAACCUAAAGAAAUAAUUCCUAGGCUUUGUCCACAGACAAACAGACAUAACACUCACAAUCAAAUUCUUGGCAAAUAAGGUUUCAGUUCGAAAUAUGCUCGCAUUUGUCAUGGUGGCGCCACUGAAGCGUUAAGCAAGUCAGCACAUUUCGAACUUAUCAGGGGUACUUUGACUAUAUGUUUAGUAUUACUUCUGCGUGAAGUCAACGAUUUACAUAGUUGAAGAUGCUAAUUUCGAAUAACUGACUGAAGUGGUAAUUUUUAUACGAUAGAUGAGUAGGUGAUGAAAGUAUAGAAUUGAUAGUUCCGUUAGAGUACGGCAGUGUGAAAAUUGCAUAUAUAAGAGUAGCGAGCUAGGACAACUUUUAAUGAAGGUACA